AAUAAUUUAUUUAUAGUGAAAAAAAAAAGAGCCAAACACAUUUUUAUUAUUUUUCAAAUUCUUGAAAGUUGUACAAUUCAACUGCAAGAACAUAGAAAUUUUCCAGACACAAAGGAAAAUCUGUUUAAUAACUGUUGUACAGCUUCGAAAAAUCAAAAACCCUAACCCCUCAUUUCAAAUUUUCCAUAUUCUCUCUUCUACUCAAUUAUCAGAUGCACUAUCUACGGUACCCAGUUGAUAAUUGAUUCAAUUUCUUAGUAUAAUCAUGCUGGGUAUUCGCAAAUUUUGUAGACAAAUUCACACUUUGUCUCGUGAAUAUGGCCCCAGCGAGACGUUGAAGAAGAAGGUUGCUGAAUUGAAAGAGAAGAAGAAACGAAAAGAUCCUCGGAAGAAUCAGUUAUUUGUUCAAGUUCCUGAUUCAAGAUCAUUCCUUGAUACUGCUACGAUGCCCAUGAUACUCACUGUCGUUGGCACCGCACUUUUCGCAAAGCUUCUCAUGAUGUAUGAUGACUCGAAGUCACAAGAUAUGAUUGAGCGAAAAAUAAAGAAUGCACCUGCUGGUCAAGGAACAGUUAGGAUGCUUACCCGCGAGGAAUGGGAAAAAGUUCAGGAAGUGCGACCAAGAACUCCAUUUGAAUCUAAACUAGCUCGUCCAAAUGCAAAGCUUAGGACAGGGGAACCUUUGAAGAUGGAAGAUGUCAAGGAUUGGACAAUAGAUGUUAUAACUGAUGCACUAACACGAGCUGAAGAAUGUGCUAAACGAGGAUCGAACUAAGCUUGUAAGUCGAUAAUAGUGGUAAGCUAGUUCAACCACAGCUACUUCUUAUGCUCUUCAACCUCAGCUGCCCAUUUCAACAUACCGUCCUUCGACUAUCGUCUUUCUUACCGGACCACGAUGUCCAAGCUUAUACUUUUCUCUUCAUAGUAAUGUACUCCAUUUCCAUUGUAGUGAUAGUUUUUUUUUACAUUAUUGGAAAUGGUAUACUUUGUCGCGAUGUAGAAGGGUUCGCAGUAUUAACAUUGAAUUGAAAAGUGUGUGUAUACACUUUAAUUCACAAAGAUAAUAUUUUCAUUAAAAAAAGAGAGUUUUUAUGGUAACUCUCUUCUUUAAAA